AUAGACCGCAUUUUUAUUUCGCAUAUAGUGUAUAAUGGUCACAAUAUACCUCAGAUUGUCGACCCGCACGGGAGGUAUCGCCAGUUCGCACGAUGUCCCACACUAGCGAAGCGAGCUCUUCGAGCUCGCCUUGCGCGGCAUGUAAAUUUCUACGACGGAAGUGCACGGCCGAGUGCGUAUUCGCGCCUCACUUUCCUGCGGAUCAGCCUUUGAAGUUUGCUAAUGUGCAUAAAAUCUUCGGGGCCAGCAAUGUCACCAAGAUAUUGCAGGACUUGCCAGAAUCGAGCCGAGCAGAUGCGGUGACUUCGUUGGCUUUCGAGGCCGAGGCGAGAAUGAAGGAUCCGGUUUACGGAUGUUCGGGCUCCAUUUCGUUGAUGGAGACAAGAAUCAAGGAGUUGCAAGAAGAAGUUCAGGAACUGAUGGACCAAAUAAACUAUUUAGAGGAUAAGAAGCGCAUGAGGCAGACUCAGGAGUCAAGUAGUACCCCGAAUCCCUCGACCGGAGAUAAUAAUCAUCAUUAGGAAUCUAGUUGCCGGGAUGGUUGCAGCAUGCCAAGGGUUUCGUUUCGUGACAUGUUUUGUGUGUAAUGAGUCAAACCGUAAUAGCACGUUGGAGACUACAGUGGAUCUCAGGAAUAUAGUAGCCCUGUUAUUAAAAACAUCUUUGCAUCGCAGUCACCAGUGUGGCCUCCCGCUGCCUUCGUGGCAAGCGCAACCCUGAGUUCACUCAUGAGGGAACAGUAAUUCAAAACAUGGGGUGCUUCUAGAAUGUACAUAUCAGUAGGUCUACAUCGGCGAGAUCUGACGCUACUUGUUAUUACUGGGAGGGUGAGGUGCUCAGCUGGAGAAAACACGACUGUAAGCGCAACCGCAAGUUAUAGCCACAACGAUGAGCACUACAAGAAGAAGAGCACAGAGGUCCACGGCAAAGACGAGAAGCAUGACCACGAAGACGACCACAAAUACAGAAGUGAUGCUGAUAGACAUGUCGGAGAUCAUGACUAAGACGGCCGACAUGCACGUAACAGAGAUGGAAAGACGAAGCAAGAGGAAGGAAGCGACUGCGCCACGAAGUGGAAAAAAGGACCCAAUCCUUACAAGCCUGCAGCGGACGUGAAGCAUCAGACACCAGCUAAACCCGUCCUCCUCCUCCUUCUCCAUCUCCCGUUGCUGUCAUGAAUUCUGAUGCUGCAGAGUCACCACAUCCACCUCCUGUUGUGUUCCCCACACAUCUAAUUCCACUUCACAAGAGAAGCUUUUCUCCUCCUCCUCCCCCACCAGUGGUAGUCAGGUCAUCUCCACUUAUUUUCACAGGCCCAUACUGAUUGGAGCUGCAUCUCACCUUCUCCUAUGGCCGCGGAUUUCCAAACUUCACAUACUGUUCGGUGACUGGAAUCUUGUAUUCUCUAUCUCCACUGUUUUACCAUAAAUGUAUACGGUCUCAAUACCGGCAAAAAAUAAACACUUUUUGCAGAUGGUU